AUGGAUCUGUGUGUCACCAUCAAAGGGGUGUCCUUCCUGCUGCAGACAGGGCUGGGAAUUCUGGGUAACGUUCUGGUGCUGCUGGCGUACGUGGCGAUCGUGUUGGCGGAGCACCGGCUGCAGCCGGUGGACGCCAUCCUGUGCCACCUGGCCUUCGCCAACCUGCUGCUGCUGCUGACCCGCUGCGUACCGCAGACCAUGACCGUCUUCGGCCUGCGCAACCUGCUGGACGACCCCGGCUGCAAGGUGGUCAUCUACAGCUACCGCAUCGCGCGCGCCCUGUCCGUCUGCGUCACCUGCAUGCUGAGCGUGUUCCAGGCGGUGACGCUGGCCCCCGCCGCAGGGCCACGCUGGAUCAGGCUGAAGGUUCGCCUGCCCGCCCUGGUGCUGCCCACCUUCGCCGCGCUGUGGUUCAUCAACAUGGCGGUGUGCAUCGCCGCCCCAUUCUUCUCCAUUGCCCCGCGGAACGGCUCCGUCCCCGCCUUCACCCUCAACCUGGGCUUCUGCCACGUCGACUUCCGUGACAAUCUGUCCUACGUCAUCAACGGCGUGGCGGUGUCCGUGCGCGACUUCGCCUUCGUGGGCCUCAUGCUUUUCUCCAGCGGGUACAUCCUGCUGCUGCUGCACCGGCACAGCCGGCGGGCGCGGGCCAUCCGCAGCUCCGGCCGGCGGGCGGGGGGCGACCGCGCCGAAACGCGCGCCGCCAGGACCGUCGUCACCCUCGUCAUCCUCUAUGCCGUCUUCUUUGGCAUCGACAACGUCAUCUGGAUCUACAUGCUGACCGUGGCCAAGGUGUCCCCCGUGGUGGCUGACAUGAGGGUGUUCUUCUCCUCCUGCUAUGCCUCCCUCAGCCCCUUCCUCAUCCUCACCUCCAACACCAAGAUCAAGGCCAGGAUGGUCUGUGCCUCGGCCGACAGCCCGGACCAGCCGUCCGCAGACACAGAGGACUCCAACGACAAGGUGUGA